UUGGCUGUUGUCCUCUUCAGCAUCUCUACGCACGCCCAGUCCCUCCUCGAUGCUCUCGCGGCCAACAACGCUACCCAGUUCGCCCAGUUCCUCCAAGCAAAUCCUAGCAUACUCGCAGUAUACAAUUCCUCGGCCGUACAGACUGUCUUUGCCCCAACGGAUGCCUACUUUAAUGUGCUCCAACGUCGAGCUGCCAACAACACUCAGCAGCACUACGAGUACCAGUAUAGCAACACAUUGACUGGGCUGGAAACUCUUGGACCUCCAAUUAGUCCGGGUGAUGUUGUUAAGACAGGACUUCCUGCCCCGCAGGCGGGAGGUUCUCAAGUUAUCGUUUCCCAGAAGUCAGUUGCGAACAGCACCUCGACCCGGCGUCGCAGGACUGUUCCAAAUCCUGGUAUUCAGUUGGUCUCUGGGUUAGGCAACAGUGUCGGCAUCAUUAACGGUGAUAUUCCUUACAGCGGUGGGCUGAUUCAUACUACUGAUUCAUUCUUCACCAUUCCAUCGCCACUAUCUACAACCGUUAACUCCACCGGCCUUUCCGCCCUCGGUACCCUUCUCAACCGCGCAAAUCUCUCAAACACCUUCGAUGCUGCAGACAGCGUGACCAUCUUCACUCCCAACAACGCUGCAUUCGCUGCUGCUGCUAAUUAUAACAGUAAUGCCGCGACGCUUCCGAAUCUGCUUUCCAACCACGUCAUUCCCAACUUCCUGGGAUACCUGCCUGUGCUGACUGAUGGCGCUGUGUAUCAGACGUUGGCGAAUGAAACACUCACAAUUUCAAUCAAGAAUGGAGUAUAUUAUGUCAACGGUGCGAAGAUUAUUUCGUCGAAUACUAUUCUCAGCAAUGGUGUUGCACAUGUGAUUGAUCAGGCGAGUCUACGUCUAGUUUCUAGAGUUGAAGGUCUUUGUGGCUGCUGGUGUUGCAAUUGCUGCGACUAUGGUUGCGACCUUGAUAAUGUGAAGUGGCUAAGCUUUUACUUCUGGAGCAAUUGCUCUGAAUUUACGUGGAAGGUGUCCGGAAUGGAACUCGAUAUAGUUAAUCAAGUGGAGGCAUCUCUUUACUCACAACUUUAA